GGAUAAAAAGGAUUUGCCACUGGGAUCAAGAAAAAGUGUAAGGAAAACUUCCAAUUAUGGUGUUGGGAGAUUUGUGGAAAGAGGUAUUGGAACCAGUCUACAAGAUUUUUAGACUGCUUCUUUGAUUAUUACACAGAUUAUUUUGUCACAGUCUAUAGCUAACUUGAGACAGGAUGUGCUUAGGGAAUUAAUAAAGUAUUCUGGGAAAAUAGUGUUGUGGCGCAAAAAUCACUUGAAGGAAUUUCAGAUUUAACAUCAAAAGGUCACCAUGGCUGUUCACAUUGCUGGACUUAUUGCUAUCAUAGUAUUCUAUCUGCUCAUCUUAUUAGUAGGACUAUGGGCGGGAAGGAAGGCGAAGCAGACGGGCACGGAUGCAAACUCAGAAAAUGUGAUGUUAGCGGGACGUAAUAUAGGUCUACUGGUUGGCGUGUUUACUAUGACAGCAACAUGGGUGGGAGGAGGAUUUAUCAAUGGAACAGCGGAAUAUAUCGUUAGGGAUGGUUUUGUUUGGUGCCAGGCUCCAUUUGGAUAUGCUUUUUCAUUAAUUAUAGGAGGUUAUUUCUUUGCAAGUAAGAUGCGAUCUCAAGGUUACGUUACGAUGCUGGACCCUUUCUCACAGAAAUACGGAGAGAGGAUGGGUGGUCUGUUGUACAUUCCAGCAUUACUAGGAGAGGUAUUCUGGUCAGCUGCUAUCUUGGCUGCUCUUGGUGCUACAUUGUCUGUAAUACUUGAGUUGGACCCAAAGAUUUCAAUAAUCGUGUCAGCUUGUAUUGCCGUGUUCUACACAUUGUUUGGUGGACUCUACUCAGUAGCUUACACAGAUGUUGUACAACUUAUCUGCAUAUUCAUUGGACUUUGGGUGUCCAUCCCAUUUGCAUUCACACAUGCAGCAGUUGGUGAUAUUACAACAGCAAAUGCCACAGCAAAAUGGGUGAAAUCGGUUGAUCCGGUUUAUUCCGGUGUUUAUAUAGACAGCUAUCUUCUACUGAUGUUUGGUGGCAUCCCAUGGCAGGUAUAUUUCCAGAGAGUGUUAUCAGCAAGUACUGUACGUAAUGCACAGAUCCUGUCUUACGUUGCUGCGUUCGGGUGUAUCGUAAUGGCAAUCCCUUCAAUUCUUAUAGGAGCCAUAGCAUCUGUCACAGACUGGAAUCAAACCGAGUAUGCACAGAUUGGUGUAGUUCCGAUACCUUCUGACGAUUUGAAUCUGGUUUUGCCAUUAGUUCUGCAAUAUCUUACUCCAAAAGCUGUAGCUUUUAUUGGACUUGGUGCUGUGUCUGCUGCAGUUAUGUCGUCUGCUGACUCUUCUAUAUUGUCUGCUAGCGCCAUGUUUGCCAGAAAUGUGUACAAACUGAUUUUUAGACAAAAAGCAUCUGAAAAUGAGAUUCUUUGGGUGAUGAGAGCGUCCAUAUUUGGUGUUGGUAUCCUAGCAACCGUAAUGGGCAUCACUGUGGAUUCUAUUUACACGCUAUGGUUCCUGUGUUCUGACCUAGUGUAUGUUGUGUUGUUUCCGCAGCUUGUGUGUGUUAUAUAUUUACGUUGGACUAACACAUAUGGUUCUCUUGCUGGAUAUAUACUCGGUCUAUUCUUCCGGCUAGCCGGCGGUGAAGAAGCACUCGGAAUACCUAUUCUCAUAAAAUACCCGUUUUAUGAUGAAGAGAAGGGUCAACUGUUCCCGUUCAAAACACUGGGAAUGCUUGUUACUUUAACAUCGAUCAUAUCUUUCUCAUACCUGACAAAAUACAUAUUUGAACACGGAAUAUUGCGCCAGAAAUUAGAUAUAUUUAUGUGUGUUGUUAAUACACCGGAUGAAAAUAUAGCGUUACGUGAUACAGAACAUAGUGAAAUGUCAGCAAUCACUCCGACGGAUGAAAAGAAUGGAAAAAUUAACCCAGCACUAAAAUUUUCAGCUGAUGAUCUUCCGAUUUUACAAGGGAAGGAUUACGAAUACGAGAAGAAUUUGUCGCCAGAUAUGUAUACGGAAAAAUAGUUUUGUGUAAUUAGAGAAUAUGCCAUGUGUGAAAGCAAAUUCGUAUGUGGGACCAAACUAUGGUUAUGUUACGCACUGGAAAACUAACAAUAUUUAGAAAUUAGCAAUCGUUAUUAGUUGUGAUGUAAAUUUAGUUGGUUGUUCUUUACAUUACAUUUGUCUGGAAAAAAUUUCAAUAUAUAAUUUUAUUGUUAAAUUGUUUGCAUAAUGCUAAGGUUACUUGUUUUAAACUUUUUCAAUGCUGAUAAUGUGUAGUAAACAUAAGGUUUUGUUCAUUUAUAAACUGUGCAUUACAUUGUUGUACUGUUGUCAAAUAGAUAAUUAUACAAAACCUGUGAUGUAAAUUAUUAAGUGUCUGGGCUGAAUUUCAUAUUGAGUCCUAAGUGUAUCCUAAGUCCUAGGACAUGAAACCAACUUUUGGACAAACUUAAGACCGUUCAAUAGAUGUUUUUACCUUCAGUCAAAGACUGUAGACU